UAUGAAGGGUGCCAGUACUUUUGGAGUUGAACCGUUACCAAACGGCGGCCCCUACUGACGACCACCAUGUUUAAUAAGAGGAUAAACACCAUGGCGGCCACCACAAGCUAAGCAUCUUCGAAGUGUACAUUCUCUUCACACUUUACAAACUUCAUGGCUUCACCUGUGAGGCGAGACAGGAUUUCUUUCCCCCGCUGAAGAUGUUCUGACUCGCUUUGCUGCUGAACCGGAUGUGUUUAUUUAUUUAACAAACGAUGAUAUUGUUCCAGAAUUCGGUUCUCGGUAUAGAAUAACAUCGCCUCACACUGAUCUGUCUCGGCUGCUAAAUGUUUUUGCUUCUGCGCGUCAUUUUCCUGUCAACUGUUGUGAAAUCUGUGCAAGGUGCUAUGUUGUUAGCCACUUAGCUAACCAGCUAACAACAGCCUUCGCUUCCGUGUUGCCAUCAAACCGGAAGUGUGAAAAGCUACAAAUUGGGGCAUGGCGACGGUGUCAGUCAGGGGUGUGUAUUUCAUCCUCACGCUCUUCCUGAGCAGUUUUUUUGGCAGCGUGUUCAUGUUGGGUCCGGUGCUGCCCGUCAUGCUGCUGUCUCCAGCCUGGUACCGUUGGCUUACGGACCGCAUCGUGGCCACCUGGCUCACCCUGCCUGUGGCUCUGUUGGAGCUCGUGUUCGGGGUGAAGGUGAUCAUCACGGGUGACGGGUUUGUUCCCAGCGAGCGCAGUGUGAUCAUCAUGAACCACCGCACACGCCUGGACUGGAUGUUCCUCUGGUGCUGCCUGCUGAGGCACAGCUACCUCCGUCUGGAGAAGAUCUGCCUUAAAGCAGCUCUCAAAGCCGUGCCUGGUUUUGGCUGGGCGAUGCAGGUGGCUUCAUUCAUCUUCAUCCAUCGCAAGUGGGAGGAGGAUCAGAAUCACCUGACCAAUAUGCUGGAGUAUUUCUGUGAUAUCAGGCAACCGCUGCAACUCCUGCUUUUUCCUGAGGGCACUGACCUCACCGAGAACACUCGCGCCAGAAGUGACGAGUAUGCGGAGAAGAACGGCCUGCCGAAAUACGAGUACGUCCUGCACCCGCGCACCACCGGCUUCACCUUCAUCGUGGAACAACUCCGCAAAGGGGACAAUCUGGAUGCACUGCACGACAUCACCGUAGCGUAUCCGCACAGCGCCCCUCAGACGGAGCGCCACCUGCUGGCUGGGACCUUCCCACACCAGAUCCACUUCCACGUGUGCCGCUACCCAGCGUCCUCUCUGCCUGAGGAGACUGCCGCCCUCCAGGCCUGGUGCCAGGAGCGUUGGGCGGAGAAAGAGGAGCGCCUGCGCUCGUUUUACAUCUCUCAGCACUUCGACGAAGCCGACGCCCGAAUACCGCCGUGCAAGAGCGAGCUGAGAGUGGCGCUGAUCAAAGCCGCAUCGCUGUGCUACUGGAACGCCUUCAUCGCCUUGUCCUUUCUGGGACUCUGGCUCUGGACGCCGUUGCUCGUCUACUUCCUGCUGGUGGUGAUCUUCUUCCUGGUUCAGCAAAAGGUGAUGGGCGGGGUUGAGCUGAUUGAGCUGUCGUGUCAUCAACGCCUGAAAAGAACGAAUGACGGACCAGGCAGAAAGAAAGACUGAGAGGUCUGUUUGGUCUCUCGUUCUGGCAAACUGAGCAGGAAGUGGAGCCCCCUUCUGGACCCGGGUGUGUACUGCAAAGUGAGCACAACAGCGAGGAAGGGAAGUGUCUGUGAUUCCUAGCUUCCUGAAACAUGACAAACUUAAUCUUCAGUGCUGGAAAUACAGCAUUUUACAAAUUUCACUGUGUAUGAGGAAGUGCGCGCGUGCAUUUUUAUCCACUUAAGCUCCACCCACAUUUUCUCAUGUAUCAGCAUUUAAUUGUACGUGUUCAUAUUUAUCUGUAUUUAAAGGCUGUGGUUCUCGCAAGUUUUUUUUUUUUUUUUUCCCUGCAGCUCUGUAAAAAAAAAAAAUUAUUUUAGUAAUUUUAAUUUUAUUUUAUUUAUUAGUUUUAUAAUUACAGACUCAUAGCACUUAGCUGGCACUGAUAUUCUCCUGUUUUACCUGAUGUAGCCAGGCAUCUCGCCAAGCAAUUAUAGGGGAAGGGGGGGGGGAAAACAGAAAAAAAGACUGCUGGUUGUCAGACGGAUGGAUAUGUUGAAAGAAUUGAAUCGAAAUCGAAUGUAAAAUCGAUGCUUAUCUCCGGCUGCGUCCCAAAGGGCAAGCUUAAACAGUGGAGGGUGCACGGCUUUAAACGCUUUUCGCAUGAGGAAAAACCAAAAGUUGGAUUUUGGAGAAGAAACGGGGAAUUUUGAGAUCGACGAGCAUGAGGUUUCAGAAAUUUGCUGUGAUGAACAGCGCGCAAGACGGCUUUAUAUAUUCAAACUGCCUUAAACAUUGUAUAAGCUGGUUGCUAUUGAAAAAAAUAAAUAUAUACACACAGUACCAAUAUAAACGUAUAUCAGUCCAGGUUUUACUCUUAUGCUUUGGAAAUAUUUGGAACUACAGACAGCUGUGGAGUUGCAUGUUGUUGAUUUUUUUUGAAAUUUUCAAGACGUUUCAAAAUUCAGGGCGGAAAAGGCUCCGUCCCAAAUGACCCUCGUUUUCUGUUUCUGCAUGACGUCAGGCUUGGGAUGUGGGAUCUUGGACCCGAUCGAUGCGUUACGAACGUAUAGAAUGUAUAUCGCCUCACUGACCAUACCGGUAAGUAGUGCACUAAAUAUCCAGGAAGGAACCUCAGGAACAAAUUGAUGCUCUUUACUCUUUAUAUUGGACGUUAACCAAUCAGGAGUCCACUACGUAGGGUGUGAAGUAAUGGCGUUUCCAUUCUGUGUGGAGUAGAUAGGUUGGCAUUUCAUUGUUUAUAACUGCAUCCUAAAUCCUACAUCCUAACGAGCGCCCUUACGAAUGAGUUAAUGAGAUUUAAGCCAAGCAUUCGGCGUGCAGAGGAACUGCGUGUCGCCAUUUGGGAUGGAACCAUUUUCUAGCGACUGCAUAGUGAACUACAACCCCUGGCAAAAAGUAUGGAAUCACCAGUCUUGGAUGAGCACUCAUUCAGACGUUUUAUU